AUUUCGCAAUGGGAAACCGAUGACGAAUCGAUAAUAUCUUAAUCGCAGUGCAAGCGACUCUGUGCGGUGGGGAAAAAAAAAUCAUUUCGUGAUUCGUUCGAUUGGAUUUUAUUAAUCAUUCUCUAAUUGCGCGUUGCCGAUUUUGUUGUGACAACAGCAAUAAGCGAACACGUCAAAAGAAAGAAAGAAACGACAGAGUUCUCGAAUAAACCCAAGAAGUAAACAAGCUAAUCGGCACUCGUGCAAUUUACCAUUAAAAACGAUAGCAACAAAAUGCAGCUGCAGGCCAAAUAUUUGCUAUUAUGUCUGUUCGUCGGACUGUUUGCCUCAUAUCGUUGUCAAGGUGGAGCAGAAGGAGUCGCUAAAGGGGAAGCCUCUUCUGUGACGGCCACUACUGUAACAGUGCCGACAUCCGAUGAUACUACUACCAAUAAACCAACAACUGAGAAGCCGACAGAUCCAGCAACAACAACACCAGCAACAAAUACAACAACAACACCAGUAACAACAACAACACCAGCAUCGACGACAACAACAACACCAGCAACCACAACAACAACCACAACAAAACCCACAGUCCCCACAACCACUCCAAAACCAAACCCCGAUAACUCAACUACAACAACCACUACCACCACCACCACCACCACAGCAGCACCACCAACUUCAAGCACAACUCUAAGCCCGAACACUACAACAACCACAGCAAAGCCAGCUCCUCCUUGCCCACCCUGUAAUCAUUUCGAUGGCUCCUCGUUCAUUGGCGGCAUGGUGCUGACUCUGGGACUGAUAGCCAUCGGUCUGGUGGCCUACAAAUUCUACAAGGCACGCAAUGAGCGCAAUUACCACACUCUUUGAGCCGCCACAGCCUUUACGUCGGCCUUCAAUGCAGCAGCCGGUGGUGGUGGAUCAUCCGCAGUGAACAAUGCCGCCACGGAUGCCGAACGUGUCCGGUUUGUUCAGCCAUCAAUUCCAUUGCGAUCGCCGCCAGCGCAACCACCACCUCCUCCUCCUCACCAUUCAGCGCAACUAUUAGCCGGGUCCGGUGCCGGUUUCGGUUCCGUUGCGUCGGCGACAGCAGCAAACUCAAACCCACAAAAUAAUCAUAAUUCACCCUCGGCCAGAGAUCGGCUGCUGCACACGUAAUUUAUCUCGGGAGAACAACAACAGAAACUAUCCAAAGAGCCCCCGAUUAUCUCCUUCAUUUAAAAUACACAAAAACUGUACCCGUAUAAUUGCAAAUAUUAACCGGAUAUUUUCACAAACAAUUUGAAAUCGAAAUAGAGUCUGCAGAAGACAGAAGACUCCGCAUUCUUUCCUUAUCAGCUAUUAUAUACAUAUAUAUACAUACUUAUUAUAUUAAAUAUUAAUAUACAUUUUGAAUGGCUUUUAUAAAUCAUAUGAAUCACGAGUUUCGCUGAAGUUUAAUCAGCGGAUGUUCAACGCCUUAAAUACUAUAUAUAUAUAUAUAUAUAUAUAUGAAUGAGAUGCCCUUAAUCUUCUUGGCAACCAUGAAGAAAAGUCAAGAACAAUUAAUAAGAAUGAUAUGUAAUGAUAAUACUUGUGUGUGUGUAUGUAUUUAAUCGGAAAAAUGUUAAUUGAGAACGUUAAGUAUAUAUAUAUAUGUACUACAAUAACAGCAAAUAUGUGAGACUGUAUGGGAAAUACUUUGGGAUCCAAGUUGAUUCCAAGAUUCCAGAAGUUUAGGUGAAGGUUAAGUAAAUCGACAGAACACUCCGUGUUUUCUCUUUUCUAAAAUAAAGGGCUAUAAAUUUUGAUUGUAUUUACAAAAGAAGGAAAAAAAAAACAAAAUCAAUUUUAAAUAACUAAAGUAAAACAAAACAAAGGAAAAAUCAACUCAUAGGGAUCUAGGCAUAUAUACAUUUCAAGAGCUAUACAAAAUGAUAACAAACAUAUUUCGAAUUAAAUUGCAUUCUCUUUUUUCUAUUCCUCUUGUGUACAAACAAUUUGCAUUUUGAAUAUGAAAUUAAAUGCUGAUUACAUUUCUUAUAUUUGCACCAACAACACACAAAUGUACUUUCUCUAUAUAUAGUAUAUAUAUAUAGCUAAGCUUGUCCGUGUCGAAACUACAGAAAAAAAUCAAUAAGAGAGAAACUGACACGGAAUCCAAAAUGGAAUAUAUUAUAUAGUAUAUGAAGAUGAUAUGCGUUUGCCUGUGAAGGAAGUUACCCUACAUAUAUCAUAAUAUCAGCGGGUCCAUUGGAACCAACAU